AUGUGGCCGUCCGUUUACGAGCUAUCUACAGCUACUCGUGAUGCAGUAGACGCGCCAGAUAGCUUCUCAAACACGCGUGCGCCGCCCGUUCAAACCCGAACGCCGUCCUUACAGUCGACGCGGGAGGCGGCUAAGGCAGCUAGCAGCUUCACAGACAGGCGCGCGCUGGCCGUUCAAACCCUAACGCCGCCUCCCGGUACUAGUCACACUCCUGCACGCCCCGUUUCCCCUUCUGUAGCGCCGUCGCCUGUAGCCAAAUCGGAUCCGGACUAUGACGAGGACUACUAUAGCGAGGAUAACGGGCUGGACGAAUCCGGGCCUGAAGACGUGGUUUGGGUGGGAAACAUUUCUCCGGGCAGCAAUCCGACCCCGCUGCCCGACGACAAAAUGUUGCUGAAGCGGAAUAGGCGAUCAACGACGAGUGGGGCUGCGGCGACGGGCAGCGACAACGUACUGGCAGCGCUCAGGUUGAAGGUUCUCUUUCCCUCGGGCGCGCAGGGGAAGUCGAAGAAGGGGAAGCAGGUGGUGCGGAUUUACUUCGACGUGCGCAAGAUCGUCGGCAACGAGACGUGCCGCGACUGCCUCGUGUCGUGCGCGCUGGACCAAUGGAUGAUUCCGUGCGACACGUGGCGAGUGCGGCUGACGGACGUGCAGGACGGUUACCACCGGUUCGACGUGGUGGCGCAGGAGAAAAGCGGGCAGGCGAGCGGGUGGGGCAUUCUGGACUUCGUGGUGGGCGCGCCGGGCGGAGUGGAGGCGGGAUCAGUGGCAGCAGUGCCCAUGCAGCCCAGCAUGACCUACACGAGGAUCACCCAGCAGAGCAACCGCUCCCACGUCACCAUCCUCUUCAACCGCCCCUGCCCUGCCUUCCGCUGCAACGCACACUUCUGCUCGGGCAACAACACCGUCAUUCGCAUCCGAUAUGAUCUGAGCAAUUUCACAGUGGCGCUGCUGGCAGCCGCCAUGCAGCCGGUCAGCCUCACAUCUCUCACCGACACCUAUGGAGACCAGCUCGCUUCCUGGCUCUUCUCCUCCCACCGCCCCCUCGACCUCGUCUUCUACCUCGUCCUCUCCACUCGCAUCCCCUCCGUCGCCCCGCUCACCCCCACUGUGGCGAAUAUCUCUGAGACUGCUGCUGGGGGUGAUGAGGGUGAUGAGGAGAGUGAAGCGGAAUCGGAUGCUCCGUUGAAUUUCGAGGAGACCGCAGGAGGAGGUGCGGGAGGAGUGGGGGGGAGAACAGGGCCUGCCGCAGCAGGGGUGUCAAGAGCGGCACUAAGCUCUGGGAAGGCGAGGAGCGCAGGCGGUGCAGCAGGUGACGCAGCAGAAGAUGGCACGGAUGCGACAAGCUCUGCGUCGUCGCUGAAGCAGCGGCUGCUCAACUCGCUCAACGUCACUGGCGGCUACCCGGUGGUGCUCGCCCGGCUUUCAGGCCGGCUGUUCAAGUUCCGCGUGAUCAUCCAUUCUCCCUGCCAUCCCUCUUCCUCCUGCCAUCCCUCUUCCUCCUGCCAUCCCUCUUCCUCCUGCCAUCCCUCUUCCUCCUGCCAUCCCUCUUCCUCCUGCCAUCCCUCUUCCUCCUGCCAUCCCUCUUCCUCCUGCCAUCCUGCUUCCUUCUGCCAUCCCUCCCUACCCUCCUCUGACCGCCAGGUGGUGCCAUUUGUGAACCCGGGCAUCAUCACAGUGACAGUGAAGCCCAACACGCUCGUGAGUGUGCACGGCAACCUCAACCAGCAGUCCAACACCGCGGCCAUCAUCUUCGGUGCGUGCCUGCAGCCCUCAGAAUGGCUGAGUAUCAUUGUUACGUUAUUAUUCAAAUCCCAACGCCUCGUGAGUGUGCACGGCAACCUCAACCAGCAGUCCAACUCCGCCGCCAUCAUCUUCGGCACCCACCCGGCCAGCAUGCACCUGUCUCUACUGCAUGACCACCACACCCACUUCCUAUUUUCCUUGACUCCUUCUAAGCCCCCACGCCUCUUCCCAACCCACCCCACCAUCCCCCCCGACCCAAACACCUGCCAGGCCAGGCACCCACCCAGCCAGCCAGCAUGCACCUCUCACUCCUGCAGCACCCUGGCACCUACCGCAGCGGACUGGGCUCGGGACCCAUCAUGUGGCAGCACUGCACCGGACAACACCGCCCCUGCUGACUCCUCCUCGCUGCCCUCGCCACCCUCGCUGGCUUCAGUGCUGCCCUCUGCAUCUCAUCCGUUCCUACCUCACCCCAUACCUCUCUCCCCUGUUGACCUGCCAGGCACUCACCCCGCCAGCAUGCACCUGUCACUCCUGCAGCACCCCGACACCUACCGCAGUGGGGCACCCACCCAGCCAGCAUGCACGUGUCACUCCUGCAGCACCCCGACACCUACCGCAGUGGGGUGGGCUCAGGGCCCAUCAUGUGGCCCCCGGGCAGCACCGUGCCGGACAGCACUGCCCCUGCUGACUCCUCCUCACUUCCCUCCUUCUGACUCCAUCCCUCCCCCCACAGGCACCCACCCAGCCAGCAUGCACGUGUCACUCCUGCAGCACCCCGACACCUACCGCAGUGGGGCACCCACCCAGCCAGCAUGCACGUGUCACUCCUGCAGCACCCCGACACCUACUGCAGUGGGGUGGGCUCAGGGCCCAUCAUGUGGCCCCCGGGCAGCACCGUGCCGGACAGCACUGCCCCUGCUGACUCCUCCUCACUUCCCUCCUUCUGACUCCAUCCCUCCCCCCACAGGCACCCACCCAGCCAGCAUGCACGUGUCACUCCUGCAGCACCCCGACACCUACCGCAGUGGGGUGGGCUCAGGGCCCAUCCUCUGGCCCCCGGGCAGCACCGUACCAGACAGCACUACCCCUGCUGACUCCUCCUCGCUGCCCUCGCCACCCUCGCUGGCGCCAGUGCUGCCCACAGCGUCGCCCAGUAAUGGAUCGAACUCAGCAGCAGGGGGAGCAGCAGUAGGAGGAGCAGGAGCAGUAGCAUCAGAAGCAGCAGGGGCAGCAGGAGCAGCGGCACCGGCAGCAUCGUAUAAGGUGGCGCAGAGGGAGCUGACGUUUCUGAUCAACGCGUCGGCGCCGGUGUCUAGCAUACGGCAGGGCACGAUCGUGGUGAAUGGGACAGACGGUGCCCGCGUGGAGUGGGUGGAGCGGGUCAGCCCAGCGGCCUUCCUAGCUCGCAUCACCCUGCCCCAGUCAGCACCUCCCCCUGCCGCCCUCUCCAUCUCCCUGCUUCCCGGCGCCGCCACCACCCCCUGGGGCACCACGUCGCUCGCCUCCAACACCAUCCAACCCCCUGGGGCUCCAUUGGAUAACCUCCCCCUGGGGCUCCAUUGGAUAACCUGUAAGCCCCCUGGGGCUCCAUUGGAUAACCUCCCCCUGGGGCUCCAUUGGAUAACCUGUAAGCCCCCUGGGGCUCCAUUGGAUAACCUCCCCCUGGGGCUCCAUUGGAUAACCUGUAAGCCCCCUGGGGCUCCAUUGGAUAACCUCCCCCUGGGGCUCCAUUGGAUAACCUCCCCCCCUCUGCAUGUCAUCGCAUCGCUCUCCGUCUCCCUGCUUCCUUCCUGCUGCCGCCACCACCUUCGUUCUCCCCCAUUCCGCCCUACCUCUCUAUACCACUCCCCAUGCCUCCCCACCGCUCCCCACCACUUUUCACCCUUCCCCCUCUCCCCCAACCCAGACGCGCCCUCAGCCACGGCCAGCAUCAUCGGCACCACCAUCAGCGUCACCACGGUCACAGCAGCAGCUCUCUCCGCGCUCUACUCGCUCUCCUCCUCUGCCCUUACCACGCGCGGCCUCCUCCCCCCCAUGCACGGCCGCCUGCCCCUCUCCCCCUCCAGGAACCUGCUCCACAUGUUCUCAUCUCUGCAAGUGUUUGCCUUCGCUGCGUGGUUGCGGGUCGACCUGCCUCUCACCUUCCUGGAAACUGCGCAGCAGCUCUGGUGGGUGUUGCCGCAUGCCCCCCUGCCCUGGGCGCAUGACUCGCCAGUGUAUGGGGAGGAGGGGGAGGACGGGGGGGAGGUGGGCGAGGGGGGAGCAGCAGGGGUGGGAGCAGGAGAAGCAGGUGGCAACAAGUCCGCCCCUUCCUCCCCAACUGACGCCCGUUUGGACCCCCCUGCUCCCACUCCCUCACCUGCUGUCACCGCUCCUGCAGGAGUGCCAGUGGGUGCAGUGGCAGCACGGGGUGGGGUGGUGGGAGGCACGGGAGGAACAGCAGCAGCAACAGCAGCAGCAACAGCAGCAGCAGCAGCAAGCAGUGCGCCUGCUGUGGUGCCUCCGGCUGUAGCAGGGAAGGCGGCUGCUACAGCCACUGCUGCUGCUGCAGCAAGGGCAGCUGCAACGACCAGAGCAACAGCAGCAGCGACAGCAGCAGGAGAAAUCACUGGAGCAGCCGCCAAGGCUACAGCCGCAGGAGCUGCAGCACCAACGGAUACUAUAGCGGCAGCAGGGCGUUUGACAGGGCCGAAGGAGUUUGGUCCGGUUGCUGCUGCAGCAGAUGCGGUGAUGGGGGAUGCAGAGGGUGGUGUGGAGGAUAGUGGGGCUUCUGCUGUGGAGAGGCACCUGAGAGAGAGGAGAGGUGGGGUGACAAGAGGAAGAGGUGGGAGUGUGAUGCUUGAAGAGAGUGAGGAAAGGAAUGAGGAGGAGAGUGAGGAGGUGAGUGAGGACAGCGGGAUUGAGGAUAGUGUAGAGAGGAGUGAGAAGAAGAGUGAGGAGGAGGGAAGGGAGAGAGGACAGGAGUUUGUCGUGGGGAGUGAGGAGGAGAAUGAGGAUGAGGGCGAAGGGGGGAGUGAGUCGAGUGAUGAGGAGAGUGUGGAGAGUGAAGAGGGCGGACGUAAGGACGGUGAAUGGAAGGAAGAGAGAGGGUGGGGUAGCCGGAAGAGGGGAGUGGGGAGAGGCGAGAGGGGAGUGGGGAAGGGCGAGAGGAGAGUGCAGGGUCUGGCCAGCGUGCAAUGGAGGAGGAGGGGGACAACGAGGGCGAGGGGAAAGUGGUUGCGAGAGAGGGUGGGCGCAUGGGGGAAGAGGAUGGGGGGAGUGUUGCUUGGUGGGGGAGGAGAGAAAGCAGCACUGUGGAAGGUCGUGCAGAGAUGGGUUUGGGGAGGGAUAAGAAGGGGUGUUGGGAAGGCAGGGAGUACGGGGAGUCGAGGGGCGGAGGUGGAGGAUAGCAGGGCAGGUGGGGUGCAGCACAGCAACUAUGGUGGUGAUGAUGGUGGUGAGAGUGAUGGCGACGCUGCCAUGCAAACAUUCCAAGGGCAGACCAUCCUGAGCCGCAUGGGGAGUCAGGAGGCUAGCCAAGGGGGCACAAGCGCAGCUGGCGCCGGCAGCACAGCGGCCCCUAUCAGCCACACAGACAACGCCAGGGGUGACCUGUCAAGGGCCAUGAAGCAGGAGAAGCUGCCCUGGCCCAUGCGCCGCCUCCUUGUCUUCUCUGCUCAACCCCCUCACCCCUCUAACCCCUCUAACCCCUCUAACCCCACUAACCCAUCUUACCCCUCUAACCCUACUAUCCUUCCUAUUCCCUCUAACCCAUCUUCGUCGGUCAUUCUUCCCUUCCUCAACGUCCCCAUUCAACAGCUUCUGUUCAGUCAUACUCAGCUGUCCAUUCUCCUGCCCUUCCCUGCUCCGCUCUGCUCUGCCCUCUCCUGCCUUACCCUGUCCUGCCCUGCCCCGUCUCCCCCUCUCUCCGCUGCCCCGUCUCCCCCUCUCUCCGCUGCCCCGUCUCCCCCUCUCUCCGCUGCCCCGUCUCCCCCUCUCUCCGCUGCCCCGUCUCCCCCUCUCUCCGCUGCCCCGUCUCCCCCUCUCUCCGCUGCCCCGUCUCCCCCUCUCUCCGCUGCCCCGUCUCCCCCUCUCUCCGCUGCCCCGUCUCCCCCUCUCUCCGCUGCCCCGUCUCCCCCUCUCUCCGCUGCCCCGUCUCCCCCUCUCUCCGCUGCCCCGUCUCCCCCUCUCUCCGCUGCCCCGUCUCCCCCUCUCUCCGCUGCCCCGUCUCCCCCUCUCUCCGCUGCCCCCGUCUCCCCCUCUCUCCGCUGCCCCGUCUCCCCCUCUCUCCGCUGCCCCGUCUCCCCCUCUCUCCGCUGCCCCGUCUCCCCCUCUCUCCGCUGCCCCGUCUCCCCCUCUCUCCGCUGCCCGUCUCCCCCUCUCUCCGCUGCCCCGUCUCCCCCUCUCUCCGCUGCCCCGUCUCCCCCUCUCUCCGCUGCCCCGUCUCCCCCUCUCUCCGCUGCCCCGUCUCCCCCUCUCUCCGCUGCCCCGUCUCCCCCUCUCUCCGCUGCCCCGUCUCCCCCUCUCUCCGCUGCCCCGUCUCCCCCUCUCUCCGCUGCCCCGUCUCCCCUCUCUCCGCUGCCCCGUCUCCCCCUCUCUCCGCUGCCCCGUCUCCCCCUCUCUCCGCUGCCCCGUCUCCCCCUCUCUCCGCUGCCCCGUCUCCCCCUCUCUCCGCUGCCCCGUCUCCCCCUCUCUCCGCUGCCCCGUCUCCCCCUCUCUCCGCUGCCCCGUCUCCCCCUCUCUCCGCUGCCCCGUCUCCCCCUCUCUCCGCUGCCCCGUCUCCCCCUCUCUCCGCUGCCCCGUCUCCCCCUCUCUCCGCUGCCCCGUCUCCCCCUCUCUCCGCUGCCCCGUCUCCCCCUCUCUCCGCUGCCCCGUCUCCCCCUCUCUCCGCUGCCCCCGUCUCCCCCUCUCUCCGCUGCCCCGUCUCCCCCUCUCUCCGCUGCCCCCGUCUCCCCCUCUCUCCGCUGCCCCGUCUCCCCCUCUCUCCGCUGCCCCGUCUCCCCCUCUCUCCGCUGCCCCGUCUCCCCCUCUCUCCGCUGCCCCGUCUCCCCUCUCUCCGCUGCCCCGUCUCCCCCUCUCUCCGCUGCCCCGUCUCCCCCUCUCUCCGCUGCCCCGUCUCCCCCUCUCUCCGCUGCCCCGUCUCCCCCUCUCUCCGCUGCCCCGUCUCCCCCUCUCUCCGCUGCCCCGUCUCCCCCUCUCUCCGCUGCCCCGUCUCCCCCUCUCUCCGCUGCCCCGUCUCCCCCUCUCUCCGCUGCCCCGUCUCCCCCUCUCUCCGCUGCCCCGUCUCCCCCUCUCUCCGCUGCCCCGUCUCCCCCUCUCUCCGCUGCCCCGUCUCCCCCUCUCUCCGCUGCCCCGUCUCCCCCUCUCUCCGCUGCCCCGUCUCCCCCUCUCUCCGCUGCCCCGUCUCCCCCUCUCUCCGCUGCCCCGUCUCCCCCUCUCUCCGCUGCCCCGUCUCCCCCUCUCUCCGCUGCCCCGUCUCCCCCUCUCUCCGCUGCCCCGUCUCCCCCUCUCUCCGCUGCCCCGUCUCCCCCUCUCUCCGCUGCCCCGCUCCCCCUCUCUCCGCUGCCCCGUCUCCCCCUCUCUCCGCUGCCCCGUCUCCCCCUCUCUCCGCUGCCCCGUCUCCCCCUCUCUCCGCUGCCCCGUCUCCCCCUCUCUCCGCUGCCCCGUCUCCCCCUCUCUCCGCUGCCCCGUCUCCCCCUCUCUCCGCUGCCCCGUCUCCCCCUCUCUCCGCUGCCCCGUCUCCCCCUCUCUCCGCUGCCCCGUCUCCCCCUCUCUCCGCUGCCCCGUCUCCCCCUCUCUCCGCUGCCCCGUCUCCGCUGCCCCGUCUCCGCUGCCCCGUCUCCGCUGCCCCGUCUCCGCUGCCCCGUCUCCCCUGCCCCGUCUCCCCUACCCCGUCUCCCCUGCCCCGUCUCCCCUACCCCGUCUCCCCUGCCCUGUCUCCACCAUUCACUGGCUCGCCAGUCCGACAUGCAGCUACAACAGGAGGCACUGGCGCGCAUGCAGUACCCCUCCGCCUCUCAGGUCGCGCUGGGCGGGCCUGCCCUUCGUGGCGGUGGUGGUGGUGGUGGUGAAUCUCCCUUUCCUCCUUGCCUUUUUCCUCCGCAACAUCGCCUGCAAGAACAAAACCGUGGUCUACCAGCUUUCAUUGGCAGUUGGGGGCUGCUAUUCGAGGCUCAGUGGGGCGGCAACCAGACCGGAGGAGCAUCCGUGGUCCGAACUACCGGUGCAGGUUCGGGCCGAGGAAGUGGUUCAGGUUCAGGCCGAGCCAGCGGCUCGCCUUUAGGCUCAGCUUUUGGCCGAAGCGGCUUUUCUGGCCGGGCAGCAGCUGUCCAUCCAGUUGGGUUUGGGGAGGGAGGAAGAGGAGGAGGAAGUGGGGAUGCGGGGCAAUGGAGAAUUGUGAAGCACGAUGGGUAUGGAGGAGGGGGGGGCUGGUGGGAAGUGGAUAAUUCGUUCACGCAUGGGCGCGGGUAUGCUCGUGCGCAUGCAGCCAGUGCAUACGGCCACGGCACAGCAGACAGCCACUCGGCCAUGGAUAAGGCAUGGCGUGGGCUGCAAUGGGCGUCUGGGUGGGCAGGCAUAGCGCACAUGCCUCUCGACCUCUGCCUGCGCUGCUCCCUCGCCGUUGUUGUUGCCAGCUACAGCUGGAUGGCCCAUCCUGCCAGCUCAGCAGAUCCUGCCAGCUCAGCAAGAGAUGCGUGUGCGCAGAGCACGGUGCUGCUGGUGCUGGCGUGCUGCCACCUGCUCUACCUCGCCCUCGCCCGUCCCUUCAUCAGCACGACUCUCCUCCUCUCUGCCCUCCUUGCCUCCGCCUCACACGUUUCUCUCUUCUCCGUCGCUCUUGCCAUUGCCACGGGCGCCACUCCCCCCUCUGCUGCUGCAGCGGCAGGGGCAGGGCUACAAGCGCUGCUGCUGGUGUCGUUCCUGGGUCACUUGCUCUGCUUCCUGCGUGCCUUAGCGAAAGACACUGCAGGGGUGGGGGUGAAGUAUUAUGAGGGUGCGUUUGGGAGGAGCAAGGGGCUGGGAGGUGGAGGGAGGGGGGGGAAUGUUAGGGGAGGAGCGGAGGGGGAAGAGCAGGGGUGUGCGGGGUCCGUCAGUGAGGCGGCUGGCACGGACCGAUCGGUGACUCUGACUGGAGGCUUUCUAGGCGGCCUGUCACUACUUGCAUACGGCCUCGUGCUCCUCUUCCUCGGCCCCUUUGGCUUCGGCUCUUCCAGAUCUGAUUCGGGCGGCGAUUCUGCGAGCCAAUCGGGGUGGAGGAGAGGGUGGGGCGUGGGGAGGAGUGGGGGAGGAGGAGAGGGGGACAGGGGCGGAUGGGGAGGGGGGAUAGGGGCGAGGUUUCACAUGGAGAGGCGGGGUGAGCUGGGAGGGUCGCCAGAGGCGGCUUUUCCUGUGAAGGGCAGCUCCAGGGGGAGCAGCAGAGGCAGGUCGGGCAGCCAGAGCUCCAGUGGUGACAACAGUAGCGGUGGUGGCGGCAGUAGUGGCGGUGGCGGUGGUGGCAGUGGUGGCAGGAAAGCUUCUAACGGCCCUGCUUAUAACGAGUAUGGUUCUCCGAGCCAGGUGACGGGGUCCGAGCCUAGACCGAACCAGUCUGGGGCCUCUCGUUUGGAUUCAGCAGGGCAAGCAGGUAUGGGGGAUAGAACCUCUAGGGGGAGGGAGAGAGGAGAGUCCGGGGGAAGGGGGGAAGGUGGGGAGGCGGGGGGAUAUGGAACGGACGAGGGGGAGGAGUGGCGGAACUCCCCCCGAGCGCUCAUGCAGCUGCUGCCUAUGCUGGCGCCCUCGUGGGCUACAGAAGGGGCGGGGGGGGAAGGAAGAGGGGGAGGGGGAGGGAACGGGGGAAAGGGGGGACGAGGAGGAGGGGAUGGGGCAUCAAGGGAAGGUGCUAGUGCUGCUGCUGCCGCUGCUGUUCCUGCUGGUGCUGGCACGGCAGGUGGGGGCGGUGCCGGGGUGUUGGGUGCGGUGCUGGGAGCAGGUGCUGCAGCAGCUGCGCUGGGUGUUGGCGUUGUGACUGCAGCUGCUGCUGCUGUCACUGGCACUGGCGCUCACAAGCAUGAGAGGCGAGGGGGGGGUAUGCACCUGCUCAGCCCCAGCAGGUGGGGGAAAAAGGGCCGGCAGGAGAGGGAGAAGCAGGGAAGGGAUGGAAGUGCACAUAUGGCAGUGGCUGCUCUUGGUAAUGCUCCUGCAGUUCCUGCCUCUCCCACUGCUGCUGUUGGUAAUGCUCCUGCAGUUCCUGCCUCUCCCACUGCUGCUGUUCCUGGCAAUGGUUCUCCAAGCCCGCUCUCUCCGCGGCGCCUCUCCCCGCUGCCUGUGCUGUGUGGCAACCACAGCGGCGCCCUGGCAGCAGCAGCAGGGGCGAGCGUGGGCGGUCCCUCCGCGUCUGCUGGGCCGUCAACCUCUCUGCACUCUGAUUCCUGGUCCUCCCUCUCCUCCCUCUCCUCCAGUGAGCGCUCUGCUGGCGCUGCUGCUGCUGCUGCUGCUGCACUGAUGGAGGGAGUGGGGGGAAGGAGAGGCGGGGGAGGGCGAGGGGAUCGGGGAGGGCGCGGGGAGGAUCCGUUUGGGGGGCUGCGGGCGAGGGUGGAGUAUUUGAGAAGCAGGCGGAUGCAGCAGGUGGGUGGGGGGGCUGGGAGAGAAGAGAGGGGUGCGAGAGGGGAGAGGAGAGAGGGGUUGGGGGGAGGAGGUGUGAGAGAAGGGAGGCGAGAAGGCAACAGGAGCAGAAGUGGGAGGGAGGAGAGGAGGAAGGGUAGAGAGAGGGGAAAAACGGGAGCAGGGGAAGGGGAGCUUGGUGGAGUGAGGGAGGGAGAGGAGCGGGAGGAGGGGCAGGAGAGAGGGGUAGAAGUGGUUGUAGACACGGAAACGAACAUGAGCUGGGCUUCUAGUGUGGGCUCUGGGGGUGGGCCGGAGUGGAUCAAAGAAAUGAAGGGGCGCGGAGGGGGGAAGUGGAGGAAAGGGAGGGGGGUGAACGGAAGCAGAGGAGGAGGGGGGGAGGGCGAGGAGGGGACGAUGGGGUCAGCGGCAUGGUCGGGGAUAGGCGGGGUGCGGGUGGACAGUAUGGGGUUCCGUGUUGACAGUGUCAAGUCCGUUCAGAAGCCUCAGGGCGACCAAACUCAUGGCGCUGCUCCACAUGCCAAGGCGGCUGCAGCUGGUGCUCAAGUUGGUGUUGCAGCAGCAGCAGCAGCAGCAGCAAGAGCGGGAGCAGGAGGAGAGGGCGAUCUAGGGCGGUCUGUUGUGGCCAGCUGCAGCGUGGGCCCUGAUUGCAGCCCCACCAUCCUCACCCCCACCUCGCACACCCCCAUCACUCCACACGACCACCAUCACACCCUCUCUCGCAACAAAUCUCUUGAUGCCAAUUCCGGUCCCGAUGAAUAUCCGUCCCCCUCCCUCUCCCCUUCCCCUUCGCACGCGCCUACCCCUAGAAGGCCGCACCGCCUGCCGUCCCUCCCUGAAGCGCCUCAGAGCACCUCUCCCGACCCCCGCCGGCCCUACACCCCACAGCCCAGAGCGGUGAAGAACGGUUAUGCAUGGUCCAGCAGGCACGCUGCGUAUGGCACAGACACUGAAGCUUCUAGGGAAGCUUCUGAGGUGACUCCAGGGGCGUUCCCCCCUGCUUCUGAUGCUGCUGCCGGUGUUGCUGUUGCGGAUGGGGCAGGUGCAUCUGGAGCAGGUGUAUCUGGGGCAGGUGCGGUGGUUCAGGCCGUUGGUAUGCCCAAGGCUGCUUUUGCGGUCACCCCACAGCUGAACCCUCAACGUAGACCCAACCGUGUUCGACCCUCCGCCUCCUCCUCUCGCUCCCUCUCUGCUUCUUCUCAGGCGUCCAGUGCUACAGCUGCCGUGCCGUCCUCCCCCUCGGCCCUCACGGUAGAUGCGGCUGUGGAAGCCAUGGCUGCUGCAGCAGGGGGCGAUCCCGCCCUACAGCCAGGGAUCUGGGGCAUGGUGGCUGGUGCUGCUGGGUCCAUCAUGGGAAGCUUCUGGGGUGCUUCUCCCGAGGAUGGGAGAGGGAUGGAGGGGAGUGGGAAGAGAGGAGGGAGUGGAGCGGAUAUGGAGGGUUCUCUAUCACAACUUGACGGAUCUCUUUCGCAAAUGGAAGGCUCCCUCUCUCAAAUGGAAGGCUCCCUCUCUCAAAUGGAAGGGUCUCUUUCGCAACUCAAUGGCUCCAUGUCUCAGACCCUCACACCCCUCUCCUCCGUCUCUACCCCACCUUCCCUCUCCUCGCCCUCCACCUCUCCAUCCGCUCUCUCUAACACCCUAUCCAACGACAAAGAACCUCACUCUCUCUCUCGCAGCAUCACCCCUCUCGCCUCCCUCACUCCCGCCUCCUCGCUCUCCCCUCUCUCCUCCGCCGCCCCCCUCUCCUCCCUCUCCUCGCCCCAAUCAAGCUGCGACACCUCAGCAUCCGGCUCGCAGGCUGCAGGGAAGGGGUAUGAGCAGGGAGCGGCUGUCUUUGAGGCGCCUCAGAGAAAUAAGGGCCAUGAGCACGGGGCACUGGCGGAGGCAGCAGGGCGCAAGGAGGGGCGAGAGGCAGCAGCACUGGCGCUGCCGCCAAACCGAG